UAAGGUUUAAUUGAAAAGGUUGGGUUGUGUUGCAGUGGCCACUACAUCGAGCAGUCAGUGCCAGAUCAGAAAAUUACCAAUAUUUUUUGUGAACUUUGGAAAGUCUUUGGAACCGUGCUAUGAAACGGGACUACUGAAUCAAGAUUGAUUAAAACUCACUCUCAUCGAUUAUGAUACUCAGUGUAGUGGUCAUCUAACUGGAAGAGCAGUAGAGAUCGAGAUAAAUUAUUUCAUAUUGCUGCAACGCAAAAAAAAUUGUGACAUUGCAUCAGUGGAAAAUCUUAUACGGGAAAUAAUAAACCACUGAUGAAAUAAAAACUAAAUAUAGAAUUGAUUGUGUUGAUUGGCGAUUUUAUACUGUAACUUGAUAGAUAGUGAUUCAUAUUAAGCCCUGUUUGUAUUGUGGCAUUAGUUCAAGCUCAAGCCGAUAUAAGCUGCAUCAUGGACAUAACACUGAUAGUGAAAGCCUCGAACCAACAGUUUGAGGAUCAGACUAUAAAAUGUGAGCCAUCAUGGUCGAUACGUCGUCUUAAAGGACACCUGACGGAGGUACAUCCCGGCAAACCAAGUACUGAAGAACAGAAACUGAUCUACUCCGGUCAACUGUUAGGGGAUAGUGUUAUACUCAAAGAUGUUCUACGCCAGUACGACGGUCAACAAGCUUACACAGUACACUUAGUGUUUCCACCGAAAAAUAACCGCUAUCACAAGGAUCCUGCAGGCAGUAGUAACAGUAGCAGUAGUUCCAAAACUAUGGCACCGAAAGUAAAAUCAGAAACCGCUAACGUGCAAGCUUCGACCGGUGCUUCUAGAUCCAACGCCGAGACAUCACGAACGAUGGAUACAGCAUCAGGUGGAGUUGCAAUUCAAACGGAUGGUAUACGACACCGUGGGGUAGCGACCGGAAAUAGCACUAGCUCUACCACCAGCGACAGAGCUACGACCUUUCCUGCAAAUCAUAUUUCAACGGCCACGGCCGAUUACAUUAUGGGACAGCAGUUGGCAAUGCAGAAUUGGAUGCAGCAAACCUACAUGCAAUAUCUCAACCAGUACAUGAAUGCGAUAUCUACUGCACACAAUGAACAACAAGCUCGGCAUCCAGAUAGCCAUCAUCUUCCUGUGCCCACUGUUCCACAGCUUAAUCCGCAACAGAUUCCCACAAUGCCAAUAACAGCAGCUAACGCAAACCCCAUCCUAGCCCAAACUACACCAAAUCUGUCUUACUACCCGUACCUUUCAACCCUGAAUUCAUCACAAUUACCUUCGGCAAGCAGCAUUCCAGCUCCCAUUACAUCCAGCGGAACAAUAUUGAACAAUCAACCACAUCCCACUAACAUUUCCACGGCUGUGCCAGCUAGUUCUUCAAAUGCAGCAUCCGUUAUGCUUCCGAAAGGACCUAGUUCAUCAGUUGUACCACAAGCCGAAGCGACCGCUGGACCAAGCCGAGGUGUUACCGCCAGUACAACACCCACUAUGCCGCCGGGAACGACAACAUCUGACGGUGCCACCGAUGCAGCCGUAGAUACAGCCGACGCCGGAAACGCAGCACCGGGUACAGCUGCAGACGCACCAGCAGCACCUGCACCAGCGAGAAGAUUUCCCAAUAUAGUGGUCGAGGAGCAGGAAAAUCGUGACUGGCUAGAUAUUUUUUUCAGCAUGUGUCGAGUGGGAAUCCUUAUGACCGUGGUAUACAUGUAUUCAUCGCCUAUCCGGUGCAUGACGGUGUUUGUCAUCGGAACAUCACUCUAUUUGUAUCAAAUUGGUUUCUUUCGCAACAACAAUGCCGAUCGUUUGGAACGAGCCAGACGGAUUGUCGUUCAACAGCUCAACAAUGCACAUGGCAUACGACCAAAUGCAGUUGCUCGCGCUCGUCUUGCAACUCCGGCUCCAGCACCGGAAGCAGAUGCUAAUGGAGCUACUGACGACAACCCACAAGUGGAAAACAAUACCACUUCGGAAAAUCCGAAAGAUGGCGCAGACUCGCCAAAAGCAGAACAGGAUAUGACAACUGAAAGUACUACCGCUACCGAGUCAGACAAAAAAUCUACCUCGCCCACACCGGAACCGUUGGAAGAAGACACCAUGGCAUCGACUGAACCAGGAACACUAGAAGUGGACGAUCUUACAUCAACCGUGAUGCCAGAAGCGAAUCGAGUUAAUCUGAAUGAUGUCGCCGCAUUUCUACGAACUUUGGUGCUAUCGUUUUUUACAUCAAUCAUACCUGACACUCCUGCUGCCUAAAAUAUAUUGUCUGACAAUAGAUGCACCAGCUGCCAAUAGUGUUGUCGUACUAUUUGUCAACUCCAGAUUACACAGAGCGGAGCAAAACAGCAGGAACGGUGUGCAAAUAUUAUAUGUACAUAGUAUCUACUCCCUGCACAGCAUAAACGUGGUUUAUCAUAGGUUAAAGAUAUCUUAGCAUAUGCAAUCUAGUUUUGGGCUUAAAGUUCUUCUAAGAGCACACGAGUUCUAAUAUAAGGCCUGACGGUGGAAAAAAUUUAUUUUUAUAUAAGCAAAUUUGACUACACUUGUUAUCAUGUGGAAAAGUCGUUGCCAAAAACAUACACACUCUGCGGACUCAAAGUUAUGCUAUAUUCGCUUUACAAACGUACGUAUGCUGUAGGAUCAGGUUAUCUGAAAGCUUUAACGGAGAGGUAGAAUUAGUAUUUACGAGUCCGGUCGUUUGCUAUAGAACAUAGGUGAUACGACCGCAGUCAAGUCCAGUUAGCAUUUGCACUACCUAUCUUUUAUUAUUGUUUAAUUUUCGACUUUAAAUUUAUUCUGCUUCCUGGCUAAAAAAUAUAUGUUAUACCUAAGAACCUAUUUUUGAGCAACUGUAAUAUAGAGUUAGAAAAACGUUAUCAGUUAAUGAAUUACAAGAUGAUUAAUAAAUUUAUUUAUGUUCAUUAAAAA